AUGGCGUCUCACCAGCAGACCAGGAUCCAAGCCUACCUGGAGAAGAACAAGAUCGGGCCCCUCUUCGAGGAGUUGAUGACAAAGCUGAUAACGGAGACACCUGACCAGCCAAUCCCAUUUCUAAUUGAUCAUCUUCAAUCCAAACAAGGAAACCGCGGUCAGCUUCAGAGAACAUUGUCUGGCUCUGCUGCCCUUUGGGCAGAGAGUGAAACAUCAGAAAAUAAAGGAACAAGGAGAGAUUUCAGAAGUUAUGAUAAACCCUGGCAGGUAAAUGCAAAGAAGCCUAAAAAGUCAAAGAGUGACCUUGCCGUGUCCAACAUCUCUCCACCGUCACCAGAGUCCAAGUCAUUGCCAAGGUCAAUAGAGCAUCCUAAAUGGGAUUGGAGGACAAAACCGGAGAACCAUGAUUUUGAUGAGCUAAAUCAUAUUCUUCAAGAGAGCAAAAAACUUGGAAAAGCCCUUGAGAAUCUGUCUCGCAGCAUUGCUAUUUCUGAUGAACUUGAUAAGGACACAACAGGUUUUAAUACCCCCCUUCUCAGACCUCGUGUGAUUGGAGAAUGGAUUGGUCGUGAAGAGAAUGAUGCAGAUCCACUAGCCGCUGAGAUGCUGCAGCCACCAAUACCAAGAAGUAAAAAUGAGCAGUGGGACAGUGAGGAUAGCAGCAGUCCUGGUGGAAGCCUAAAAAUGGAGCCAAAGAGCAAAGGACUGAAACAGCAACAACAACAACAUAAGAAACUGCUGGCUGCCAUGCUUUCUCAGGACUCCUUUGAUUCCGCUCACAGCACAGCUCCAUCUGUAACUGAAGAAGAUAUUGACAAUGAAGAUGAUGCAAUGGAACUGCUGGAGGAUCUUGAUGAUCUAAGAAUGGAAGGAGUAACAAGUCUGAUGUCUUCUGGGAGCAAAUUCAAUCAAACUAGAAGUGCUCAUCCUGCUGAGCCUCAAGCAAAGGUCACAUUGAAUAUCUGUGCAAGAUGUGCCAGAUUGCAAGGAGAUAAUAUGGCAGAAAGGCCAGAAGAUGUCUCCAUGGUAUCUCAAACAUCUGAGCCAGCAAUGUCAGACUCUGAUGCUCAAGUACCUGGGGUUGAAACACUUACGGAAGAUAUUGAUGAAUUUGAGAGUGCCUCUCAAGUGGCAGGAUCUUCUCAGCCAGCUUGGACCCUGGAUGCUAUGGGUGUGAGACCUGGAGGUUCUCCAAGACAGAAACUCUUAAAGGACUCCUUAGCAGCAAAAGAACUUCAGACCAUGGAAAAACAUCUAGCUGAUAUUGAAAAGGACCUAGCACUAUGGGAAGAAGCAAGGCUCUCAAGAAGCCCUAGUAUCCAACACCACAGUUUAGUUACAUCUGACCAUCAAGGCAAUCUUCAAGCUGCACAAGGCCAAAAUCCAAGGCCUCAGGUGCCGCCUCCAAUGGGGAAAAAUGUUCAACUCCAAGGAAACAAAUCACCACCGUUGCCCACUAACAGCCGAGCACAGGUCUCAAGUCUUGCAAACAGCCGGUCUCCAACACCUGGUGCACAAACCAACAGGUCAUCGACUCCAUCAACACCGGGAAGCAGACCUGUGACCCCAAACAGCUUGCUGUCACGGCCUCUUACCCCUAGUAAUCAAGGAAAUAAAGAAGGUGUCAUCAAUAUGCACAGAAGCCGAUCUUUGACCUCUAAGAGCCAAAUGGGGAGGACCCUCAGCGCUGCUUCAGGGCUCUCUGUGCAAAUGAGUGGAGAUGUUGUUGGAACUGUCACUACUCAGAGAAGCAGUUUAUCAGAAGAUGAAUUCUUACAACAGCUUCAGCUUACUCAUCAGCCUUGGAUAUUGCCGAGUGACACAGAAAGUGAAGGAGUGGAAGCUGACCAAGACAAAUAUAAUUCAGUCGUGUGUUGCGGCUCAGCCCUGUGGCUGCCCUGACAUAUGAGCUGCGUGAAUCAGGAGAAGCUAUGGACAAUAUCUGAGAGUCUGACAGUGGUGAGCUGAAUAUGCUUCCACUGACAUUUCAACCCAAAAAAAUGCUCACAAAAAUACCCACAGGGUUCUAGUGAAGACUCAAAUGGUUAUAAAACUAUGAAAACUAUGAGGUACGAAGUCAUCCUGUGGAACUGCAUCUGGCCUAGAAGGGCAUAUCAAUGAACUGUUCGACUUGAGGACUACUCUGCAGACUUUCCAGCUGGAAGAAACUGGCCAUUUGUUGUCCUUUAUAUUACAGAGUAUUGGAAAGAGCUAGGAAUUGUGCUGAUGAUCUCAUUUUUUCAUGCCUUUCUGGAUUCCUUUAUUUGCCAUACUGGCUGAGUGUUUUCACUACAAGCCAAGAAGAUCUUGCUGCAAACCAGUGUGUACUUUUUAUUCCAUUUAAUUGUCACAGCUAUUGUUAAGAGAUGUAGACCCCAUUCCUCUUUCACCGGUGCCUUGUGUAGUCAUUUACAACAGUACAGAAAGAGCACAAAGUAGCCCUGAAGUAUUACCAAAUCAUAUUGGACAUGUUCUACACCUACUUUUCACUCAAUUUUCUUGAAUGAAAAUGACUCCAAGAAGUGCAGCACCCUGGGAACAGCAAGCAGGGAGUACAUCCUUUUGCAUUAAAUAAGGCCUUGAAAGGCUCUUGUCUCCACAGCUGACUGAUGGAUUCAGCAGAUGGGAUCAGAUUGCUGCAGAAAACAGAAAAAAGUAGGAUGAUUGACUAAUCCCAGGGUACAAAAAUGACCAGGAGGUGAAAGAUCUAUGAAAGUGUGUUUCUUGUGUUGUUGUGUUUUGUAUGUGUGUGUUUUUUUUUGUUUGUUUGUUUGUUUGUUUUGUUUUGUUUUGUUUUGUUUUGUUUUAAUCCAAGUAUUCUUCUGCUCUAAAAAAUAUUAACACUCCUUAUUAUCUAAUUGCUGUAAAUGUGUUUUACAAGGCUGAGAUUCAUUCUAAGCCAAAACUGUAUAAUUUGCUCUUUUAUCAUGAAGAGGAAGGAUUUCAAGUUCAAGUAGCAAAAACUCUGAUGGAAAAGGUUAAGAUUUUGUAAUGAACUCAUAAUUGACUGUUCUUGAGCUGUCAGAGAGCAGGUCCAUGAACGUAGAGAAUGGGGGAAAGAAAAGAGGAAGGUUGAUCCUUGAUGUGUGACUUCUGUUCAUUUUGGUUAAAUCUUGUUUGGCAAUGUGUAAUACCAGCCUAAGUGUUACAGCAGGAUCUGGGGAAUGCUUAUGUUCUCUGUGUCUCAUUUCCCUGAUCUUUGAAGUGCGAUGAUGAAAUGUGAUAACUGACAGCAAAGCUAUGAGAAAUCACCAGUUAAUGUUUCUAAAAUGUGUCACAAGUGUAGGCCCCAAUUCUGAUGUCUCUCUGCAUUUCUUUCUGCUGUGAUUUCAUUAACUUUAAGAUGGCUGUAGUGUUUUCAGUUAUGUUACUCAAGUAAAUCAGUGGCUUGCUGCUUAUAUUAACCACUUCUAAAUCAUUGUCAUUCUUUUUUAUAUUGGAAAAAUCAGCUUGUCAGGGUGUGACCCAUCUCACCUAACUCCAGCUACAUAAAAGUGAGGAAGUAUAGUCUAAGCUAUUUGCACUCUGAAGCACAUAGGAAAAACAAAGGGACUUCAGAGGGUAGAUAGAGAUCUGUCUUGCUGGGGGACUGAGAAAGGUACACUAAAUGGACAUCCUCAGGGUGUCCAUCUCUUGCAUCUCCAGCCUGACUUCUCUAUCUCAUGUCAUCUGAAUAAAUUUAAUUUCUCAUCAGUCAAGAAUUCUAUAAUGUAUAUAGGGUAACAUGGAAUAUAUUUUCUGGCUAGCAUCCCAUUUCCUUCUGCAGCUAAGAAGACCACAGUCUCUGGAGUUUUUGCGGAUAACAGUCAUGAGAAGAAUUUGCAAGUGAAACAGGCUUAUAUACAUUUGCUUUUCUUUUUCCACCCUUAAGACAAAUUUGUUACUUAAAGAUCAAACUGUGACAAUGCUUGUAACUCUGCUAAAUGAAGUGUCUCCAAGGAAAACAGUUGUUAAACAUUAAACAUAAGUGAUGAAAAAAUAUAUAUAAGGUUAAUAAAGGGUAAGAAAUGUUGCUAAGAUUUCCCAGGCUUUAUUUCUUCUGUUUCAUUGCUGUUUUUUGCUUGUUUUGUUUUUGCUUCAUGUGUUUGUUUGCUUUUGAUGCAAAGGUUUUCAUGGUAUGUGCCUUGCUAUGUUGAAUAUCAGUACAGUAUGUAAUAUAAAAUCCAAGCUUAUCACCUGUCAAAAUGAAACUUAAAGAUCUUGUUCCAAUUGUACUUUGUUGGUUACCUAGAGAUAAUAGUUUGUUUCCUGCAAAAUGUUUUUAAUCUCCCAAAGGAAAGUUGCAUAUUUAUAUAUUCAAAAAAAAAACAACAAAAAAAACAAGAUUGAAUAAAUGUGAAGUUGCUAUGCCCGAUUUCCCUCAGUGUUUAAAAAUGACAAGUUGAAGGCUUCUAAGGUAACUUUACACAUUCAGCUGUGUAAUUAAACGUGGUUGUAAAUUUCCAAUUUACAACCCUAGUUUUCCAAGUGGAUCCAUGUAAUAGGUACACUUACAUCAUUACUCUAUUUUUACAAACAUAUGGGGAGAGGGGUGCUUUACAGUCAGCAACAUUUGCAAAACAAUCUAUUUCCAUCUGCAUGAGUAAAUAUUUGUAAAAGCUAAAUUUCCAUUUUGCUUUGGGGAAGGUUUUAAACCUGAAUACAAUCAUAAAUGGAAACAUUACUAUCUCAGCUUAUCUGAUUCAUUAUAUUUACCUAUUACAGUCACCUAUUCUGUUUAAUGCAUUUUUCAACAUUAUUCAAUUUUGCAGUUAGUAUUAUUUCUACAAAGCAAGACCCUCCAAAUCACUGAAUAAUCGGAACAAAUAAUGUAACUUAUGAGGCUCUGGUUCACUUCUGAAUAUUUUAGUAAUGAAAAAGAAUCAAGAUUCAUCAAAAUAUUGAUCCAAAUUGUUUAUUUAACUGUGAAGUCAGCAUUAUGGAAAACUUUUACAAAACACAAUGAAGGAUUAGAUUUCUCUUUUAUCAUAUUUUGGUGUACAUUAAAUUUUAGCCCUAAUUUCUGUGUUUUCUUUUUGAUUUCACAGGUUUGUGAAAUCAGUGGGAUUGUUGAAGAACAAUUUAAUUAAAACAAAAUUACGGUUAUCAAAACUACACCUGAAAAAAUGCUUUAGCUCAUACAUAAUUUUAAAUAAAGUUAUUUUUCUAAUAUCAGCAGUACAUAAGUGGAACCACUCUGAUAUGUGGAUGCUGUAAUGCACUGAGUCAGAGUAUUUACGGUGGUACAGUGGCCUUAGGAAAGAAGGGUAACUGUUGCCUUUUAGUAUAAAGUUACUAUAAUGUUUUUGUUUAGUUUUUACCCCUGUUAUUUUGGAUUGACAUUUGAUAAACUAAACUCUGCCUGACCAAAUAAACUUUACGUAGAGAUUUUAUGUAUUUUAACUUGUCUAAGGUUUUCUACUCCUUAUAUUUUUGUAAGCUUUACUCUUUUUUAGAUUAACAAACAUGAAAGUAUUCACCCACAUCUGCCAAUAUGUAUGUCCCAUUCAGUUCUCACAGAGAACUAGCUGUUCGCUCAUAGUCACCUGCAGAGAGAGGUCAGAAGAGGGGGUGAGUGAAAGAGUGUGUGUGCAAGGAGCAGAAACAGGUGUUGCCUGCGUCACAUAGCUUUGUAUGGAGUGUAUCUACUUUGAUCUUUAAAACAAAUGAAGACUGUUAAAAAAGAGGAACAUAUCAAUAACGAGUGGAGCAUGCAUGCAAAAAUAAAGUACUUAAAGGACUUUCACAUAUAUAUGAUUAAAUAUUACUUACCCAUAUGGAUUACUGAAACAAAUUUGCUAUUUAAAAUAGGCUAACUGGUGUAUGCUGUGUGCUAGGAAAUUUAGAUGCUUUUGCACAGACAUCAAAUUAAGGGAUGUGGCGGUUGCAUUUACUGAUUUCAUUUAUCUGUUAAUUCUGUCCAGUAUGUUUUCAGUUUCCUUUGUCUUCAAUUAUGUAUGCUUGGUUCCUGUAUCUUAGACAUAAUGAUAUAAUGAAAUUGCUUGCAACUAUGAAAAAAAAUAGAGUAUGACAAACCAUCUCUUUGUUUAACAAAUAAAAGUGAAUUCUCUGUCA